AGUGACAGGAAUUAUAAUAGUCAAAUGACUUCCUACAAAUGGCCGGACUUGCGUAUACAUCAUCUGUCAGAGUCUGUGUUUGUGGGGCUGUGUUACGAAGUUGGGUCCUCACAGGACGUGAACAUGAGGAGAGAGAUGAUGGACUUCAGGGAAAUGAUGAUAAAUCAAGUAAUAAUGAAAACAAGAGAAGAAGACAUGGAUAUGGAAAUGACCAGUGGGAGUUACAGAGAAGGAUUCAGAAUAAAGGGGUCAGAUGUCGACUUGAUGUACUGGCCAAAUGACCAUAUGGUAAUAUGGGACUUGAAUCAGGCUCAGAAAUAUGACUUAAGUAGAAAAACUUUGAUUCUCUGUGAUUGUUCUGAUAGCCCACCAGGAUUUGCUUUACUUGAAUUAUUAACACCAACAUACAGGAAAAGUGUAAAGAAUGCAUGUAUGAGAAUAAAUAGCAGACUCUAUAUAUCCAGUUCCAAAUAUAGAAAGAUAUGUUCAUCAGGUUUGCCGAAUUCUAAGGAACAUGGUCCAUGUGGUAGCGGUGUUUUAGGGGGAGAAGAGUUUGACAUUGCUCAAUGUUUUGUCUGUGAUUUUUGGCCCCCUACUGCCUCCAAAUGGAUAGACAGAUGUCACUCAUGGCCCCCGUCUUAUAUUGUAGAUGACAUAGUCAGAAAUGGAUGUCACUUUGUAGCAAUAGGACACAAGCUAGGAAAACACACGGACAAAGAAUGGAGAAUUUCCUUCUCUUUAGCAGAACAAAAACUUGUAUAUUCAAUGAACCAUUGCCAAUUCUUAACAUAUGGUCUGCUUAAAUUGUUCUUAAAAGAAUGCAUUAUCAAUGGAUUAAGUGAUAAGGAUAAAUUGCUUUGUUCCUAUCACUUGAAGACAGCAGUUUUCUGGAUAAUUCAACAAAACAUAACACCUCAAUGGUGUUCUCAGAAUCUUCUUCAUUGUUUCUGGGUCUGUUUCAAACUUAUCCUUAAAUGGGUGUAUGAGGGGGUCUGUCCCAACUUUUUUAUUCCAGAAAACAACAUGUUUCUGAAUAAUAUUCAUGGUGAAGCACAAAAGAAUUUAUUCAUUAGGCUUCAUGAAUUGUAUGAGAAGGGUUUAGUAUCGCUUUUUCAUUGUCCAACUAUCAGGUCAAGUGUUAUAAGUGUCCUACAAAAUCCCAGACCAUAUGUUGGUACAGUUAAACGUAGGGUUUUGUUUGAAAAAUCUUUAUUUAAUGAGUUGAAUUUAAAUAAUAUACCGACACCAGAUCUACUCCGAUGUAUGAAUUUCCUUAGUGCAGCAGAAAAGUUGAUAAUUUUACCUCCAACUCUGUACCAAGUUCUCCUAUUACAGAAGAUAACAGUUUCUGCAUUCCAGAGCACUGCUUUUAUGUCAUACAACCUUUUGACAUUUUUUGCAUCAUUCAAGGCAAAUACUAGCUCAGUUGUAAACAAGCAGGUUUAUAUUGCUAACAAAGUAUCUAGUUAUAUGGUGAAAUUAGCAACCAAAUAUGGGUGUAUUUCUCAUAUGUUGUUUAUUGCAAUGUUUUACUACAAGGCACUUAGAUACAAAGAAGCUAUAUUAGUUCUAGAAAUGACAAAGGCCAAAUUAGCACAGCCAUACGUAAUGUAUGUCAAUAGUUUUCAUUAUACAGGUGCAUUACCAUGGUACAUGUACAGUAAGUCCAUAGGGGAACAGUCCUGGUCUACAAAGAUGAGACAAGCUGUAGCAUGGGAUUUUAUUCUUGAAAAUACAAUCUGUUACAUCAAUGAAUUAGUGCCAGAACAACAGUCUGGGUUACAGCGUGGAUCCUCUAUACUAUGUAUCCCACUCUUUGUUCUGUUACACAUGUUAGAGAUCUUUUGUUACAGACAUGUAGACCCAGUGAGAGCACAAACAGCUCUUAAUGACCUACAGAACCCGGUUCACCAUGAUCAGGGGGUGUAUAUUGAAGAGUAUAAAAGAGACAUAUCGUGGCAGAUUCUAGGGAUCUGUCAACAGAUGACAGGGAACCACGAAGCUGCUCUGCACUCCUACCAACAAUCUCUCCAACAAGAAAAAUUUCACAAUCUAGAAACUGCUACAUUUAUCAGAAUUAUCAUAUUAGUAUACAGACUUUAUUUCAGUUAACAGUUGUUUGUGCACAUAGUUAUAUCAAUAAUAUAUAUUGCAGCAGAUUCUAGGGAUCUGUCAACAGGUGACAGGGAACCUCCAGGCUGUUCUGUACUCCUA